GAUGUAACUCUUUGGUUGGGCCACGUCACAUGACAACAAACAUGUCUGACUUCGGUGUUCGGUCUUUUUCAUGAAAAAGAAAUCAGUAUAUAUCAUAUUUUUCUAAAGCAUACAGAAUGAUAAUUGGAAAUAUCCUUUUCCGCCUGAAAGGGUCUCUGGAAUUCAAGUGCCAGUUGAACACCACAAAUGAACCACACAUACAAAAGGUAAUCUCGAGGACCUUUGAGGACCUCUGCUCUCAAGUGAAAUCAGAAUCACUUGUUCUCAGUGUCUGUAACAGUCCAGUUUUUAUUUGGCCUAACAAAGGAGGACGUGCAACGCCUGAAUGUUUAACUCCAAACAGUCCAUGUAAAGAUCUCCAACAAUUUAUCCAGACCGAUGACCAGGAAAGUAUGAAAUCUAAAAAGAAGGAGAAAACAAAUGCAUCAGCAGCAGUUGUUAUAAACCUGAACCUUAUGACUGAAGUGACAGAACCAGCCGACCUCUCAGCAACCACCCUCAUGAGAUGUAGUACUAAACACCACUUCCUAUACACUGCUAUGCCCAUGGACUGCGUGGUCAGUUUGCCCUCCAGUGAGAGGUUAUCAGUUGUGUAUGAUGCUCUUGUGGUGGCGCUGUGCAGCCAGCUGGAUGAAAUGAAGAAAGUGAUGCUGCGGCACAUGAAAGGAAUGACCCUGUUGAUUCCACAGCCAUUCCACUUCCUCCUCCCAGACCCUGUGGGCCUGGUGACGGUGGUCUACCCUGCGGGUGUGCCCGAUAGCCAACUGGAAAUACAACGCAAGGAGCUGCACAGUCGGUUUGAACUGCCAGGCAACCGGCCGUAUCUGAGAAGAGCCAACAGUUUGCAUUUCCCUGAUGAGCCCUACAAAGAUGGCUACCUCCGAAACCCCCACCUCCACCUUAAACCACCAACCCUAGGGAACGGCAAGCUGUACUUGGUCCAAGGGGUAUACAGCUACCACCACUACAUGCAGGACCGUGUGGAUGACAAUGGCUGGGGCUGUGCCUACCGAUCCCUCCAGACCAUCUGCUCCUGGUUCCAACAGCAGGGCUACACGGAAAAGGCGGUGCCCACCCACAAGGAGAUCCAACAGGCCCUGGUAGAUGUCGGAGACAAGCAAGGUUCUUUCGUAGGCUCUCGCCAGUGGAUUGGCUCCAUUGAGGUUGCAGCCGUGCUGGAUCAGCUGCUGGGGGUCACCUCCAAGAUCAUGUUUGUGAGCCAAGGCUCUGAGCUGGCCUCCAAAGGUAGAGAACUGGCUAACCAUUUCCUUUCUGAAGGGACUCCUGUUAUGAUUGGAGGAGGCGUCCUAGCACACACUAUCCUUGGAGUGGCAUGGAGCGAGACCACGGGUGAGAUCCGGUACCUUAUUCUGGACCCACAUUACACCGGGGCUGAGGAUUUGCAGGUCAUCACGGACAAGGGCUGGUGCGGAUGGAAGAGCCCGCAAUUUUGGGACCAAAACGCCUACUACAAUCUCUGUUUGCCUCAGAGACCCAAGACCAUAUGAGUAUGUAUUGGUUUCAACAUGUACCGGGACUCUUGUCCAACAGUAGUUACACAUCUCUGAAAAUAAAUGAACAUCAGAAGUAAA